GUCCAACUAUGGUUACUUGCAUCCCUCUAAUCUACAUUUACACUAGCUUUGAUGCUCUCCAAGUUAAAUCUCCAAUCAGUGACGUUGGUCCAACUGUUCCGAGGAGCUUCACGUCCGAGCUUUCUUUCCUGCUUACAGGAACAAGGGAACAAGUGUGAUAUGAUAUCUCCCUGUGCGUGUAAAUGUGGUAUUAGCCAGUAAAGCGCCUCCUCUUUCCCCAGCUGAAGCUCCUGUUGCCCCCCGACUUCUGCAGGUUUCAAUCGCUUUUCAUCUCUAUAAAUUUUUAUCUUAUUCAUAAUCAUAUAUAUCUCUAUACUCAAUACAUAUUUUCAAAAGUAUCUCUUCCAAAGGUAUCAAUAUACAUUAACAUCAAUAUGACUACAAGAAAGAGAAAGGCUGAUGAUGAGGAGCUCGUUGCUCUUCCUUCGGACGAGAGUGAAGAGGAAGAAGAGUAAGUGUUGCAUCUCCUAUUCAUCGAUGGAUCUGUGAUGUCGCGUAUAGAUUUCAAUGGUGCAAUUCAUCACAUUGAGUCAGCUAUUGCAUGUUGUUAGAUCGGGUCGCAAGUUUUCUGAUGGAAUUGCAUCUAUGGUUUGAUAUUGAUUGAUAGGUCGAUCAUCGCAUCACUCGCUGUACUUGUUUGGUUUGUUUCAUUUAUUUCAUCGAUACAAUCGUAACUAAUCACCCCAUCUCAUUAGGUAUGAAGACUCCGAUGCUGAAGCACCAGCUGCGGCAUCUGCUGCUUCAGAUGAAGAUGAUAGCGACGAGGAUGAGGAAGAGUUAGAAGAAGACGAAGUUCAAGGUAUGCGACGACAUGCUAAAACUUGUCAACUUGCAGCCCUUCACAGCCGAUACCCCUUACGAACCUACUAACUUUCCUCCGUACAGAAACGGCACCUCCAACUAAAAAGCGCAAAUUCGUCGCAAACGACUUGACCGAUGACAAGGAUGAAGUCGCUCCCGUCAAUGAUGAUGAAGGUGAUGAUAAUGAACUCGAUGAAGACGAACCGGCGGAUGACGGAUUAGAAGAUGAAGAAGAUACCGAUCCAGAAGAGACAGUUUGUCACCCAGGACCUACAAGUAAAGCUGCUGAAGUGAAAGGAGGAAUCAUUCCAAAGGAGGAUAAUUUGGAUGAGGUUGAAGCAGCCGUUGCUGAUGAUGAAGAUGAUGAGUAGAUAAGCUUCCUUAUCGUCAUAUCAUUGUUGCAAUGCGCAGCGUAUCCACUUCAACUAAGAGACCGUGCGGGAUGCGAAAUGAGAAACGAAUGGUUGGGAUGAGAUGGGAUGAGGGAUUUUUUGGGACGGAAAUUUAUGGCCGGGCAUCGGAUAUGAAGUUGGUAAUUUGGUUGGAAAGGUGUAAUAGGGAAACAAAAAGGGGCCAAAAUGGAGAUUAUUGUGUAAAAGAAGUUUCCUGUGCUUAAUUUGGUUGCUUACCUACCUUUUAGAAUUUCUUCAUAUUGUCUUUCUUGAAUCUCAUUUCAUCAUCUAUUUACCUAUUAAAGUU